AUGCAGGAUGACAUUGUGGCGAAGCUGCUGGAUUUCAUUGCUGAGCCCCGCUCUAAGGAUGAUUCUACACUUUCUGAUGAUAAGGAUCAAAUUCUAGGAAGCGCAAACGAGAGGUGGGGAGUGCAACUAAGAAUCCAGAAGGCACACACAAGAGAUCUAGGAAGAAACUUGAUGAUGAACGUACUUCACGUAAAAGGUGGCAGAAAUAUUCCAGAGUCAGAAUCUGAUGAAGAUGCUGAAGAAGGGCAUGAAGAGGAUGAUCACAUGAAGUCUGAUAGUGAGGAAAACAAAGAUGAUGGUGAAGAAAUUGAUAGCAAAGGGUCAACAAGUAAAGGGAAAUCAGCAGAAGCAGAACAAGCUCUUCCCAGCAAGGAUGAACUGCAAAAGACUAUUGUUCAACUUCUUAAGAAGGUCGACUUUGACAAUGUUACAUUCAGUGACAUUCUUAAGAUGCUCGAUAAACGCUACAAGAUGGACGUAUCUUCAAUGAAAGAUACUGCGAAGUCCAUAAUUCUUGAUGAGCUGGUCAAGUUAGCGGAGGCAGACGAGGACUAA